UCUCCCGCUUUCCAUCACCCCGCCCCAUUCUCCCGCUUUCCAUCACCCCGCCCCAUUCUCCCGCUUUCCAUCACCCCGCCCCAUUCUCCCACUUUCCAUCACCCCGCCCCAUUCUCCCUCCUUCCAUCACCCCGCCCCAUUCUCCCGCUUUCCAUCACCCCGCCCCAUUCUCCCGCUUUCCAUCACCCCGCUACAUUCUCCCGCUUUCCAUCAACCCGCCCCAUUUUCCCGCUUUCCAUCACCCCGCCCCAUUCUCCCACUUUCCAUCACCCCACCCCAUUCUCCCGCUUUUCAUCCCCCCGCCCCAUUCUCCCGCUUUCCAUCACACCGCCCCAUUCUCCCGCUUUCCAUCACCCCGCCCCACUCUCACUCCUUCCAUCAUCCCGCCCCAUUCUCCCGCUUUCCAUCACCCCGCCCCAUUCUCCCGCUUUCCAUCACCCCGCCCCAUUCUCCCACUUUCCAUCACCCCGCCCCAUUCUCCCGCUUUCCAUCACCCCGCCCCAUUCUCCCGCUUUCCAUCACCCCACCCCAUUCUCCCUCCUUCCAUCACCCCGCCCCAUUCUCCCGCUUUCCAUCACCCCGCCCCAUUCUCCCGCUUUCCAUCACCCCGCCCCAUUCUCCCGCUUUCCCAUACUAGUGCACUCUGA